UGAUUUGUAGACGCUCCCUCAGCGGCAGUAUGGCGCGCCUGACUGUAUGUGAAGAUCAGAACAACAUCAGAACAAUCUGAUCUGAUCUGAUCCGAGAUCUGCGCAAGAUAUCAAACACACACGGGUCAGGAUGAAAGACACCGCCGACACACACAGCAAAGAAGUGGACAUUUAUCGGGACACAUGGGUGAGAUUUCUAGGUUACGCUAACGAGGUGGGCGAGGCGUUCCGCGCGCUGGUGCCGGUCAGCGCUGUGUGGGCCAGUUACGCCGUGGCCACCGCUUACGUGUCCGCUGACGCGCUGGACAAGGGCAGGAAAGCAGCUGCGGCUCACACUGAGGAUCAUGGGAAGGCGGUGCGGGUGGCCGUGGCUGUGGUCGAUACCUUCAUUUGGCAGACUUUGGCUUCGGUGGCUAUUCCUGGAUUCACCAUCAACCGUGUCUGUGCCGCAUCCCUCUUCCUGCUCGGAAAAACCACCCGCUGGCCACUUCCUGUUCGCAAGUGGACCACGACCGCCAUCGGCCUCUCCACCAUCCCCUUCAUCAUCACACCCAUCGACAGGUCGGUGGAUUUCUUGUUGGACUCCAGUCUGCGGAAACUCUAUGGUGAAGGAGAAAAGCACGACUGAGCCUCAUCACAGCACCCCUGUGACCCCUGACCUCUGACCCCUGCAGCCAGCUCGAGCAGCGGUCUGUGAUCAUCAGCAGAAACGUGUCUGACGCUGACUUUAUUUGUUCGGAUGAACCGUGCCUCUCUCAGAACUCUGUCUGCAUGCAUCUCUCUUGAGAACGGUUUUCUGCAGCUGUUUGUUUUCAGGUGUUUACUUUGGAUCUUUUCUCACAUUAUUAUUGGAUUUUUAUUUCUGGUGAAUGGUUGAAGAAUCCAGUACUGUAUGUUUCUGUGGAAAUGACUGGAAUCUGGAAUCAAUGAUGUGUUUCUCUCUGAGGAUGUUUAGUGUCAAGGUUAAAGGGAUCAGCAGGUUUUCAGAAGCCAUAAACUCUAUGCAACUUCAGUUCUGAAUGUUCUGCUGGAGCACAAAGCGGCAUUAAACACACCAUUUUGAUCCA